GACCUGAUGUUCUAGACAGAAAAGCAGCAGAAAAGGAGCGAGAGGAGAGAAAAAUGGGGAGCAAAGACGACGAUAUUCAUUCAGCAGCCAGGAAUGGAGAUGUGAACGCCAUUGAAUUGAUAGUAAGUUGUAACCCUUUAGCUACUAAUUCCAGAGAUAAGCACUCCAGAACCCCACUACAUUUAGCAGCUUGGGCAGGCCAUGCAAAUGCUGUUAGCUGCCUUUGCAAGCACAAGGCAGAUGUUGGCGCUGCGGCUAUGGAUGAUAUGGCUGCAAUUCACUUCGCAUCACAGAAGGGACAUUUAGAUGUAGUCAAAACCCUGGUCGCAUCCGGGGCUUCUGUAAAAGCUACCAAUCGCAAGGGCAUGACUGCGCUGCACUAUGCUGUUCAGGGUUCUCAUCUCGAACUUACCAAAUACUUGCUGAGGAAAGGUUUUAAUCUAAAUGCUAAAUCAAAAGCAGGGAAAACUGUCUUAGACCUUGCAAGUAAUGAAGAAAUUCGUAAUUUACUGUUGGAUUUUGAGAAGACGAAACAAACGGAGGUUCAGACUGAAAAAGAGACGGCAGAAGAUGAAGUUAAAGAUGGAAAACCGGGUGCACAUGUAGAAGAAAAGGGUAUAAAGGAUGAGUCAGGGAAAAUCGAUGAUGAAAAUUUGAAACGAAAGGGUGAAGAGGAUGAUUUACGAGAAAUCUCACCAAAACCGAAGAAAAGCAAAGUCGCUCUAAACCAUCUACUUGUAUCUGAUGAUACACAAGAAGAUGAAGAACAAUGAGUUUUCAAAGGAGGGUAUUUUCUGUGUGGUUACUUUCAUGUUGUCGAGAAUUAGUGUAGUUAGAAUGGUAGAUUGAAAUGAUAGCCAUUUUCAUGUAGCUUGACAGUAAGAAUUUCCGAUGUCGUGUAUAACUCUAUUAUGCUCCAGGCUCAGGCUAUGGUAUUAACGCACGCAACUGAUUGCCGUCCAAUAGGCUUUGUUGAUUUGA